UUAGACCGCGUGCUAGCCGGAGCGAUGGUUUAUCCCGAAGAAUAUGGUUUUAUUCCGGAAACUUUGGACGAAGAUGGCGACCCGUUGGACGUGAUUUGUUUAACUAUUUAUCCAGUGAGUUUUCCUUGCUAUGUGCCUAUUCGCAUUAUUGGCGUUUUGAGAAUGAUUGACGGAGGAGAAGCCGAUGAUAAAUUGUUAGCUGUCAACGCCGUGGAACCUCGACUUGAAAAUAUUAAUGACUUAAAAGAUGUUAGCCAAGCCAAAUUAGCAGAAAUUAAUCAUUUUUUUUUGCGUUAUAAAGAAUUAGAGAAGAAAAAAGUAGAAUUAAAAGGCUUUCAAGGAAAAAAAAAAGCCGAAGAAAUUUUAAAAAAAUGCCAAAAUCUCUAUAAAAAACAGCAACAACUAAAAAGAAAAAUUAACUAA